CUGCCCUCGCGCGCUCCCCGUCCUUCGGUAGGUGCAUUGCUUCGGUGGUCCACCAUGGCGCAGCGAGCGGUGGCCACGAUGACGACUAAUAAGCCCCUCCUCCUCCUCGCCCUGGCGUCCGCGCUCCUUGGUGCGGCGCCGGCCGCCGCGAACGCGCCCGGCGGGGCGUUCAGCAACUGGGUGGCGAUGAACCAGCAGAGCUACGCGCUGUACGCGCAGAAGUCCGUCGGGGACGGGGGCAAGGAGCCCCUGGACAAGAAGCUGUCGGAGGCGGAGAAGAAGAAGGUCACGUACGUGGUGGACCCCAGCGGCAAGGGCGACUACACCAACAUCACCGCGGCGCUGGAGGAUAUCCCGGUGAGCAACACCAAGCGCGUGAUCCUGGAUCUCAAGCCCGGCGCUCAGUUCCGCGAGAAGCUGUUCCUGAACAUCAGCAAGCCGUUCAUCACGUUCCGGUCGGACCCCAAGAAGCCCGCCGUCGUGGUCUGGAACGACACUGCGGCCACGAACGGCAAGGACGGCAAGCCGGUGGGCACGGUGGGGAGCGCCACGCUGGCGGUGGAGUCGGACUACUUCACGGCGUACGGCGUGGUGUUCCGGAACGACGCGCCGCUGGCCAAGCCCGGCGCCAAGGGCGGCCAGGCGGUGGCGGUGCGGCUGUUCGGGACCAAGACGCAGAUCUACAACUGCACCAUCGACGGCGGACAGGACACGCUGUACGACCACAAGGGCCUGCACUACUUCAAGGGCUGCCUCAUCCGGGGCAGCGUCGACUUCAUCUUCGGCUUCGGCCGCAGCUUCUACGAGGACUGCCGCAUCGAGUCGGUGGUCAAGGAGGUGGCGGUGCUGACGGCGCAGCAGCGUUCCAAGUCCAUCGAGGGCGCCAUCGACACCGGCUUCUCGUUCAAGAACUGCAGCAUCGGCGGCGUCAAGGGCGGCCAGAUCUACCUGGGCCGCGCCUGGGGGGACUCCUCCCGGGUCGUCUACUCGUACACGAAGAUGGGGGAGGAGGUGGUCCCCGUGGGCUGGGACGGCUGGCAGAUCGCCAAGCCGGAGAGCAGCGGCAUCUACUACGGCGAGUUCAAGUGCUUUGGCCCCGGCGCUGACGCCAAGAAGAAGAAGAGGGUGGGGUGGGCGCUGGACCUCACCGAGGCGCAGGCCAAGCCAUUCGUCGGCACACACUACGUCCUCGGCGACACGUGGAUCCAGCCACCGCCCAAGUAGCGACGCAUGCCACACGAUAUAUCUAUUUGAGUACGAAGCAAAAGCGAGAGACACGAAUCUCUAAUCUCUUUACUGAUGAGAUGUUUUGCUUAUAUAUAUAUAUAGACGAGCUAAUGAAAGCUCAGGGUUUUCAUUA